CACGGUGAAAAAGAAGAAGAGUAAUUUCAUUUGCAAUUUUGUUGUGUCAUUUUGGUUUAGUGUGAAAGCAAAAAGUCAUCGAGAAUGCCUGUUGAAAAUUUGGAAGACCAGGGUCUUGAAAAAAAUCCUGAUUUAGAAUUGGCGCAUUGCAAAUUUCUAUUAAGUUUAGUUGAAUAUCGUAACGAUAAAAAUGUUCACGCUAAAAUCACAGAUGCGAUCAAGAAGGAUGACAUGGCUCCUUGGUAUGAAGCGCUAUGUAAAGAAACCGGCUGGAAAUUAGACGCUAAUUUACUGAAAACUUUAAAGUCGAAAAAUGACGAACAAAUUAAAUUACUAGAUGAAGCGAUAGAAGACGCGGAGAAGAAUUUGGGAGAAAUGGAAGUAAGAGAAGCUUAUUUGAGAAAAGCGGAAUACUACAGCCGUAUUGGUGAUAAAGACAACGCAAUAAGUACGUUUAGACAAACUUAUGAUAAGACUGUCUCACUUGGUCACAGGUUAGAUAUAAUAUUCCAUUUAAUAAGAAUCGGUCUUUUCUUUAUGGAUCACGAUCUCAUUACUCGAAAUAUCGAUAAAGCUAAAAGUUUAAUAGAAGAAGGAGGAGAUUGGGAUAGAAGAAAUCGUUUAAAAGUAUACCAAGGUGCAUAUUGUAUGUCAGUAAGAGAUUUUAAAACUGCCGCUAAUUUAUUUUUGGAUACAGUCAGUACCUUUACUUCCUACGAAUUGAUGGAUUACAAAGCUUUCGUCAGAUACACUGUAUACACAUCUAUUAUAAGCUUACCGCGAAAUCAACUAAGAGAUAAAGUUGUAAAAGGUUCCGAAAUACUAGAAGUACUACAUUCAGAACCUUUUGUAAAAGACUAUUUAUUUUCUUUGUAUAACUGCCAAUACGCAGAAUUUUUCACAAACUUAGCAGAAGUUGAGACAGUUUUAAGAAAAGAUUACUUUUUAAACCCUCAUUACCGUUACUACGUAAGGGAGAUGAAGAUUUCAGCUUAUACACAACUUUUGGAAUCCUACCGCUCUCUUACAUUACAAUAUAUGGCUGAAGCUUUCGGUGUCACAGUCGAAUACAUCGAUGAAGAAUUAUCUACUUUUAUAGCAGCCGGAAGACUACAUUGUAAAAUUGAUAGAGUCGGUGGAAUUGUUGAAACCAACAGACCUGAUUUGAAGAACGCCCAGUUCAACUCUGUCGUUAAACAAGGAGAUUUACUACUGAACAGAGUCCAGAAGUUGUCCAGAGUUAUUAAUAUUUAAAUGAAAACUUGUUUUUUUUUUAUAAAUAUAUCUGUAAUUAAGGAAAUAAAUACUUUUCUCUCAAUUGAAAUCUACUACACAUUUGCACUACCCCAGUCCUGUUUGUGAGAACGUUGCAUGGAGGAUUCGGAGGAAUGCUGAACUGAGACAGAUCUAGGGGGAGCCAGAUAUGGUGGUGUUCAUCUGGGGGGCACGUCUGAGGUACCUGGAACACGUGGGGAGUAUGCCUUCUGUUUUUUACUCACAUAGAGCCAUGUAUGGAGUUCCUAGAAGACCUCGCCUUCGCUGGUUGGAGGCGGACCUGAUCCAGCUAGGGUUUCGACGUUGGAGGCACCAUCCUCGGGGACAGAUGAUUGUUGAAAAGGACCGUAGCGUCGGUUAAAGAAGAUUUGCACUACCGUUAAUUGAGAUUGUCUUGAAGCAACAUUUGAUUUUUGGGAUAAAAUGAAAGGUAUUGAAUAAAACUACAAUUUACUAGAUAUACUUAUAAUUUCGAUAGUCUAUAUAAAAAUAAAAAAAAAUAUCAGCGAUUGUGAUAAAUAUAUGCAUAUAAAUAAAUAAUCUUAGAUUCUAAUAAAUAAUAAUGUUCCAUAAAAAGCCAUUAAAUGGAAUAUAAU